AUGCGGUUUGAUCAACAUUACGUACCUGUAUUCACAAAACUACAAGGUGCGUAUAUUUUAAUAUUAUUACUUAUACCUAUGUAACUUGGUUGCCUGUAGGUAUUGAAAAUCAGUGGCCCCCCGAAUAGUUAGCGAGGUAUGCUAAUUCCCAAUGUAUAAAGCGGCCGUUUCAUGGCCGUAAUUAAAUAGGUAUACGUGUGUAUAACACUUUGUCACGUAAUAUAUUAUAUUGAUAAAAAAGGCGAAGUGCCUAAUAAAGGGACAUCGGCUCUAGUAGCCUUAAUUACAGCAACUGAUUCGUCUAGCCUUGGAUCGCCCGAAUUGCAAAAAAAUAGCAUGCACCUAUUUCAUACAAAUAAUAUGUGGUAGUUUAUUGCAAUUUUACUGAAACUGUCUCCGUAGAAAAAAAAAUUCCACGCCGUCACUGAGUAUUAUUUUUGUAUAAUAUUCUGUGGUACCUAUUAAAAUUAAAUAUUUAAAUAUAAAAAAUUACAGAACAAUUUUUGAGGAGAUAUUGACAUUUUUGUUUUUUUUUUUUUUGGGUUUAACUAAACACCCAAGCUCCUCUCUGUUAAUAAUAAUAAUAAUAGGUAGGUAGGUACUACUGCGGGUGUCCUGAGUCAAAAGAUUAUAGACGAUCGUUGGUUGGCAUGUGGAUAUUAUUAUCGAACAUGAUAAUAUAUAUAUAUAUAUAUAUAUAUGUAUAUAGGUAUCAAUAAUACUAGCCGAUACUAUACGUAAUAAUCUAUAAUAUCAACAUAAUGAUCUAUAGAUACCAAUAAAUUUCGUUUUGGUAAAUCUUUCUAUUUCUCUGUUCGAAAACGAAUAACCGUUAUCCGAACCAAAAGGUUAUCGCGCUCAGCUUCCUCCCGGUUGCACUUUUGUUUAUUUGAUACUAUUCUUGUUUUUCAGCUGUGUAUAAUAAUAUAAUAAUAUCUAAUCUAUGGCUACAAAAUUAGGUCGAUUUCGUCGAAAGAAAUUAUUCGUUUUCCGUAAUAAAUAUUAUAAUAUUAUUUCGAUCCGUACGAUAUUGAUAUUAUGCAUAGUAGUUAGUAGAUACCUAUAAAAAAAUACUACCUACAUACACUGUAUACCAGAGAGCGUCUCGAGAGGGGGGCAGGAUGGGAUAAUAAUUGCUCUUCCUCUGAGUUUUCAGUUCAGUAUGAAAACGUGUGAGGAACUAAAAAUCGAUAAUUUUUUAAUUAUUUUUUAAAUUACCAUUGCGAUCUUCCUUUCUCCCUCACCAUCUGGAAAAAUAUCUGCGGACGCUCAUCCACUAACCUGUUAUAUAGGUACGUCGUUCGUCAUAUUUAGUUAGGAGCCUAAUGCAUAUUUUUUACAAAUAAAUUGCCGACUUAGAAAUAUCUUAUGUCGCUGUUGUUUCCGUCCAUCCAUAUAGUACUAGUACAUACCUAGUUAUGAUUGUUAAUUUGGUUAACAAGGAAAUAUAAAUUAUUCCUAACAUUAUUAUUAUUAAUUUAAAUAUAAAAAAGAUGGACAUAUUUCGUAUGUGGGUGGGCCAUUGUUGUAGGUACAAAGUUGGAAAUGAGAGGAGAAAUGCAUAUCUGUACCCAACGAUUAACCAUUGCUAAUGAAAAACGAUUUUGAGCAGAGUUCCGUUAAUAUUGUUGCUUUAUCAACAAUAUAUAUGUCACAUUAGAGUAAAAUAAUUACAUAUGUGUUUUAUAUUUUCUUUGAUUAUAUUUGUUUGAUAUUGUAGCUAUUUUCCUGUUUUUCCUACGUUUUUUCCCAUGUUUUUUGUUUUCAUUUACUGGAAAACUACUGGGAAAAUCGAAAAAUGACUUCUUUAAAAUACCUUUCCAGUCAGAUUUCCUUUCAGUAAAAGUACUGUUAUUGUAAAUCGGAGCAAAAUUGAUGGUAGAAAAGUUGUUCACAGUUUUUUUUUUUUUUUAAAUAUUACUAAUUUUCUAUAGAUUUAAAACGGUCGUUUCAAGGUUUUCGUGGUUUUGACUAAUUUAUUUGGCGUUCAACCAUUUCAUUAUGAUUACUAAUUUUUAUAAAAUACUUACAUAAAGUUUUAGUACUCCUACAUUUCCAUCUUUGCUCAUCGCCCUUAAACAACUUAUGAAAGGAAAAUGUAUAACCGUCAAUUAAUAAAAGCGUUUUGUUUUUUUCUCUUGUCAUUUGCUUUAUAGUGAAUGAAUGAAUAACGUUUGGUUAGCAACUAAUUGUAUAAUAUUGUACUUUAAAUUAUUUUACAUCGUAUGUAUUAAUAUAUUUUAUCGAUUUUUAUGGUAAAUUUGAGUGUAGUUACGUAUAAUAUCAGUACCUAUAUGUACUAUGUAGUUCGUUAUCAGCUAAGCUCAGCCUUACAAUAAUAAUAUCGAACAGAACCAACUUUUAUUAUUAUGUAAAAUAAUAUAUUUGCACUAUAAUAUAAUUUUUGCAGACACAGAACUUGUGUACCAGUACGAUUUUUUCGUUGGUACUCAACUCGUAUAACCUUUUUUUAUCAUUGAGUCAUAACUCGUUUGUCAGAAACUUCGUCGAGACGCAACUCGUUAACUGCGAUAAUUUAAUGUGUUUAAUAUUUCCUUUUUUUCAGAUUAUAAAAAACCACUGAAAGAUUAAGAAGAUAUAUAAAUAAAGAAUCUUUUAGAUUUUUAAUGGACCGAAAAAUGUAUUGGUUUUACAAAGAUGUUAAUUAUUUUUUUUUUAUGUGAACACUUUUUCUAUCAGAAAGCUUACUUCGAUGUAUACAAUUUUGCUCCGAUUUACAAUCAUAAUACUUUUUUUGAAAGAACAUCUAACUGGAAAGGUACAUUAAGAAGAUAAUUUUUUGAUUUUCUCAAGACUUUUCCCAGAAAAUGUGAAAAACGGGGAAAAUCGGUACAUUAAAAAAAUAUUAUUAAAGAAAAUAUAUAGAGCCUAUUUAAUUAUUUUACUAUAUUAUGACAUAUAUAUUGUUAACAAAGCAUUACUAUCAACUGACCUUCUGUCAGAAUCGUUUUUUCGUUAGCAAUGGUUUAUCGUUCCUAUCAGGUAAACAUUGAAUUACCUAUAACAGUGGCUACACUCAGCCCCAUCAUCCUUUUUUUUUUUUUAUAUAUAAUGAAAGCAGUAUAAAUUAAUAUAGACAGUGCAUAUUUAAGCAUAUUUUGGAAUUUUUCAAUGUAUAUUUUAAAUCAUAUUUAGUCUGUUUUUAGUGCAUAAACGCAUAUUCAACACUUUUUUUGUGCAUUCAAUUUAUAGCUAUUAAAUAAUAGCAAAUACCUAUAAAUAGUCUAAAAAUAGCAAUAAUGUUUUGAAAAUGUAUAACCAAAUAACAGCGAAAAAUCCAAAUACCAUAAACUUUGCCGUGUUUCCUACGUUUUUUUCCUGUUUUGCGUAACUAUUAGAAAUAUUAUACGGAAAAUCAAACAAUGACUUUCUUACUCAUAAACUAAAAAAAAUUUUCUUUUUUUAGAAUUCUCAAAAUUUGAAUACAAAUUUCUGUUAGAAAAAUAUAAUCUUAAAAAUUUUAAAUAUUAAAGUCAUUGCGCCGUAAUUUGAAAAAAAUCGUAUAAUUCUUCUUUUUUGGUUUUCCCAAUUAUUAUGAAAACUACUUGGAUAUAAAAAACCAACGGUAUCAUAAAUAUUUUCCGUUUUACCUAUAAUUUUCUUUCCGGUUUUUCCCAACUACUUUGAAUACCUAUUGAAAAAUCAAAAAAUGACCUGUAUAAUGUACCAACCAGAUAAAAUUUCAUUUUGGAAAAGAUACUAUAUACUAUAUAUCGGAGCAAGAUUUCUUUUCAGAAAGUUGUUUACAGAUACUAAAAAAAAAUUUAAAAAAAUUUGCAUCAUAGUAAUAUCAAUAAAUCAAUCCCAAUGCUCCGAAUCUAAAAGUUUGAAACAUGCUGAUGCCACUGUUUUAUUUUAUUUUUAAUAUUUGUUACAGACGAGCCAAAGGUACAGAUAUGAAAUAUACAUUAAUUUAUAUUUAUUUAUAAACAUAAGAACAGAUAGAAUAGGUGUGACAGUAAAAUUUAAUAAUAAAAUGGAAGCGUAGGUAUUCGUUAAGUGCAUCAUUCGGUAAAUAGGUUAGUUUCGUCCGUAAUUGGUGCGGUGGAAGGAACAUAUAAAGAAGUGAUGGGAAAAAUUCGGUUUUGUUGAAGUUCAAAAAUCUAGAUUCACGGAAUUUUUAAAUCCGGGUUUUGGAUUAGUAUUCUUUUAUACGUAUUAUGUAUAAUAAAGUUUUUAUAAUUACACUUAGAUUUUACUUUAGAUUGUGUAUAAAAAAAAAUUAAUUUUUUUUAAUUAGAAUACAGAAAUCUACAAUGUUAAACCUAAAAUUCGGAUUUCAUAAUCCGAAGUUUAAUUUAUAUUUGUACGUAAUCAUUGCUAACGAAAACCUGAUUCUGAGCAGAAUAUUAUUAUUAGUCGUACACUAGAAGGAAAAUCAAGAUAUGACUUCCUCAAUGCUCCAAACUAGAUUAAAAAUGCUGCAAGAAAGUCCCUUUGUAAAAUGUUAUUUUUCAAUUAAGUUUUCUGGCAGACAAUUUUUUUACACACCGAAAUAUAUUUUACACAUAGAAAAACUAGUUCGUACUAAAUAGGUACCAAAAUAAUAGUACUUUAUAAUUUUAAAAAUGUCUUGUUAACUAUUUACAAAUAAGAUAUUUAAUUAAUGUAUUUUUAUAUUUAAAUUAUUAUUAUUAUAUAUAACUAUUCUAACUUAUUAUUUAAUUAUUUAAUUACUACUAAUGACACUAUUUUGUAAAUUAAUUAAUAUUGAAUAGCGUGAGUUUAAUAAAUAGACAUGGAUGAAGAGGAAACUCCUUACAAUCCAGAAACAACUCGUUUACGAACUAGAAAUGUACUAGCUGAAAUACCAAUAAGUCAUGACAGGUUAUCUUCAUCGAACCUUCUAAAUGGUUUGUUAUUGGAUAACAUUAUUUUUUGUUUUAUUGAAUUAUAACUAACUUUAAAUUGAAUUAUAUUUUAUAGUUAUUGACCAUAGUGAUCAUUAUACUAAUGUUAUGCAAUCAGUACAAUCAAAUAUAAAUUGUAUUUCCUUAUCUACUAGUCCAGAUGAAUUAAUCAUUCAACAGCGUGGACGUAAAAUACGAGUUGUUUUCAGUCCAGACAUUGAUGUUACUAAACAGGUAUUUACCAAAACAUAUUUUAAUAUUACAAAAUAUAAUAUAGGUACAUUAUAAUAUGUUAUAUGUUGUGUUUAAUAUUAUGAGGUUUACUUGUUUAACUAUGUACAGUGGAUCAAAAUAUAAAAAAAGUUAUUAAUAACUAAAAAUAAUUAUCUAUUUAAUUACUGAAUUGUAAUUGAAUAGAAAAUUAAGAAAAUAAAAAGGGAAAAUCUAAGAAUAGAAAAUUAGAAGAUAUUAAGAUACGGGGUGUGAAAUUAUUUAUAUUAGAAUCAUAAUGCAGAAAGUAGAAACGGGUUAGUUAGGUUUACAAAAAGAAAACAGUUAGGUGAAGCUAGUAAUGGCUAGUAAUGAAAGAAUCUGUCGAAUAUAACGACGAGAGAUGAAAGGGUGUGUGGUCAUCGACGGUUUUACAAUCUAGUAUGGCGCUACGUUGCCACUAUGUGCGAGCCAGAUGCAGUGUUCCUUUCGGGCAUAUGUGCAAGGCCCCUCCCCCCCCCCCGGAGAAAACUUUAAGAAUAGUAAAGAAAUAUCAAACAUUGGACAAAUUUAAUUUUGAUAUCACGGUAAAUGACCUACCCUCUAUUUACAAGAUCAUUUUUCCGAUGGAGAAAUCAUUAAUUUCUUAGAUAAUAUUGUUGGGUACCGGUGACGAUAAAUAUUAUUGAAUACCAAAAAUAAUAUCAGAUAAAUAUUUCAUUAGUUUAUCAAAAGCGUAUCAUUGUUGUAGACUGAGGUAGUGUCAUAUCAAACGAAAAAAAAAAAAAUAGGCGGAGAAUGGGUUGUCCACCCAUGGGCGAUUAAUAACGGACUAAGUGUUCUAGUGUGUCAUACAUUUUUUCAUCCCUGUGUAACGGGCCCAACGUAGGAAUAGGACUCGGAUGAGAAAAUUAAUAAAUAAAUUAUAACUCCAACUCGAGUUUACAAAUAAUUGAUAUUUCACUUAAAAAUAUUACAAGUCCAAUAAAUAAUUUUUCACAAAUUUACGUUGUCCAAUAAUAUAAUUCGAAAUAUCAAAGAUAUUCUAAGUCCAAAUAACAAAUAUUAGUGACGAGAAAUUGCUCGCAAUCGAUCGUGGUGGACUCGUCUCAAUAGACGAUGAUUCAGGCGGCGUUAUAUACGCUAAUGUCGUGCCCCCGCAACCCGUUAUUCAAAGCCACUGCUAUCUAUAUUUAAUUACUGCCGCCGGAUUCUGGCGACGGCGAAAACGUGUGUAACCAAAAUUACAUAUGUAUUGAUAUUAUAUUAAUAUUAUAACAUGUUUAUAUUCUGUUGCGACCUGGGCCCGCUCAUAACAGUAUUUUUAUUUGUUCAGAAUACUAGUGACGUUGGUCCAUGUGUCGAAACUAUAUUUCAGUGCUGUAUACUUUACAAGCCUACUGUGUCGGGUGGGUAUUCGGUUUCAUGUAUGGUGAAUAUCAUAGUAUACGGCUCGCACGCGUUUCUCGCGGAAGACGUGUGUGGGCACGUAACACCUGUUACCAUUGAUACCCAUACAGAACAAGGAUUAAAAGGAUUAAACUCAUGAGCAUAGUAUGUAUGGGGGCUAUGGGGGCUACAGCUCCCACAUAAACUUUUGUAGCCCCCUCAUGGUGUUUACUUUCAUUUUUCACAUUUUAUCCGAAAUUAUAUUUUUAAAUGUUUUUAUAAUUUUCCAUGAAAUUCAUCAAGGCUUCAAAAUUUAUUAGCAGUGUAAUUUUUGUUGACAAUACGAUUAUACUUGCAUACAAAUACCUAUUUAUUUUUAUUUUAAACACGUUUAUUUAUAGACCAACGCUGUAUUAUAUAUUCAGUUUAAAACAUUCGUAGAAACUUGAAAUUUUGGCAGAAAACUUAUAUUUGCUUUAUCCGUGGUAGAAUUAUAUUAUAAUAUAAUUUGAGUAUAAACAUAAUUGGAGUCAUUUUUUAGCUAUUUAUAGACAUUUUAAUUUUGCAAUUUUUGUAUGUAAUUUUUAUUUGGUAAAGGUACUCUGUGGAUAAAAUUAUUAAACUAAACAGAAAUGCUUGAAAAUUUGUAAGGAGGAUUAUUAUAAGUUGUAUAUAGUGGCCAAUAAAAUAAAUUAGUCUAAUGUAGUAUUUUAUAUUUUUAUAAGUUUUAAAAUAAAAUUUUAACAAAAAUUGUUAAUAUUACGAAAUUUCAAAACAUGUAUAAUUGAACUUCGCUCCUAAUAGUUUUACAUUAUUAAUGGUUUAUCGUUGGUUACAGAUAUAAAUUAACUAACUUUAUGUAUCUUACUUUCCCUACGACCCACUUACAACAGUUUCUGCACCCGUCCCCAGUAUCGGCUCUAUUUUAAUAUUCACUAAUAUAAAUUUAUAUUUAUUAAUAAUUUUUAAAUUAAUAAUGUUAAUAAUUUAUUUAAUAAUAAUGAUAUGAAUAAUAUAUAUCUCUUCGUCAACCAAAUUCAAUAACUAUAAUGUGGAUGAUGGAUGGACACAACAAGGAUAUAAGGUGUUCUUAGUUUAUCUUUAGAAACCUAAAAUAAUUUACUCUAAAGAUUUUGUACAUAAUAGUACAUUUAAAUUCAUAUUUAUAUACUUUUUAGAGUGAUGAAAAGUCAUUAACAGAAUCAGGUAGUUCGAAUUUAAAUAAAAGUUCAAUUGGUUUGAGAAGUUUGCCUUGUAAAAGAUUAUUGUUAAAUAAACCACUAGAACUAUCUUCAUCUGUGGAAAACAAGACUGUAUUCAUACUUUAUGCAUAGUAUUAUGUAAUAAUAUUAUUUUAUUAAAUAUACCUACCUAUUUACUUUUAGGACUCACCCACUUCCAAAAAAACACGUAUGGAGACAAUGAUUGUACUUCCUGAAGAUAAUUGUUUAUGUUCAGCAUUAAAAACAUUGACGUCUGAUCAGCUUAUUGGUUUAAUUGGACAGAUUGUAUCUGAUCAUCCUAAUGUUGAAAAGGUAGAAAAUUAGUUUCCUUAAAAUGAACAGGGUAAAGUCAGCAGAACACAACUAUUAUUAACCCCUUAUAAAUUGUUAUUAAACUAGUACUAAAUAAAAACUGAAUGCAUUAUUUUCUUCAAAUAUCAAAUGUUCCAUUAUUUUAUAAAAAUUAAACUAUUCAAACAGUUAUACAAAUUCAAAUAUACUGUUAAACAAAUAGCUGCAAUUUUUCGGAUUGUUAACAUUUUAAUUAAAAUGUAUACAAAUAAAAAAUUCUUGUCACUUUCUUUAUCUGUAAAAUUAACAGAAAAACCUAAUUAGGUUCAGCACUAUCAUAUGCCAUGUAUUCUUGACCAGGUGACAAAUGGAAAGAUUUUAAAAAUAUUAUUAUAAAUAAAUACUGCCUGAAAAAGCACUCCAAUGUUGCCCAAGUUCAUGAUCUAUAGUAGAUUACAUUAUUAUUGACACUCUUUGUAAUAUUUGUUUUUUAAUAUAAAUGAUCUAUAUAAUAUGUUAAUAUUAUGUAGUAAAAUAUUACGGUCUUUUUUUCCGUGAACAGCUUUUCUAUCUGUAAUUUUGCUUCAAUUUACAAUAAUAGCACUAUUUCUAAAAGAAAAUCGGACAGGAGAGGUAUUUAAGAGAGGUAAUUUUUUAGUUAAAAGUUUUCCCAAUAAAUGAGGAAAAACGUAGGAAAACGGGAAAAUAGAUACAAUAUUGAACAAAUAUUAUUAAUAAAAAUAUAUAAUUUAUUAUUUUACCAUAAUGUGACAUAUAUAUUAUAUUGUUGAUAAAACAACACUAUUAACUGAGCUCUAUUCAGAAUUGUUUUUCCUUAGCAAUGGUUAAUCGUUAAGUACAGAUACACUUUAAAUUUCCCCUCUACCUAGUUGCAUACAGACAUAUAUUAAAUUCCACUCUGUAUCCAUCUUGCGAAGUAUAUCAGUAUUUUUAACCACUGUUACGUUUUAGAUUUUGAGUGGACGAAGAAGGUUAUGGUUUUACAAAGAUAUUUUUUAUUUUGUCUGUUAACAACUUUUCUACUAGAAGACUUGCUCGGAUUUCUACGUGUAGCACGUUUUCUGAAAGAAAAUCGGUGUGGGGAGGUACUUUAAGUAGGUCAUUUUUCGAUUUUCUCAGGGGUUUUCCCAGCAAAUGUGAGAUAAAACAUGGGACAAUCGGGAAAAACGUAGGAAAAUUGGGAAUAUCAGUACAGUAUUAAACGAAUAUUAUUAAAGAAAAUAUAUAUAGCCUAUUUAAUUAUUUUACUAUAAAAUGACAUAUAUAGUGUUUAAAAAGCCUCAUUAUGAACUGAAUACUGCUCAGAAUCGUUUUUUCAUUAGUAAUGGUUUAUCGUUGCUGUGCAUUAAAUUAUCUAUAACAGUGGCUGCAUCUGUCCCCAUUGUCUUAGGACGUACUUUUUUCUACUAAAACUAGCAUAAUUUGUGAUUUUAUAUGAAAAAAAAACUGCAUUACAUUUUUCAAUUAGAACUUAAUUAACACUGUAUUGUGGAAUAAUAAUUAAUAAUUGUUACAUUCUGCUGUCUUUAUUAUGUUUACAUAAGGAACACAGAAAAUUAACGAUUUAGUAAACAUGAAUUUUGAUAUUAUCCACCAUUAAUUUAUAGGAAAUUAGAAUUAAUUUUCCAAUGGCUGAUAUAAAAUCCUUGGAAGGACGUAUUUGUUAUUUAUGGCAUAAUAUCUACAAGGCAUUGUCUAUUAAUAGGCUGGUUUCAAAAACUAAUCCAAUAGCUUACAACAGAGUAUCAAUACACCUAUUAGAAUUUAAGGUUAAUCCAAUAUUUAAACUAUGUAUUUAUAUAAUACUUAGUAUUAAUAAUUGAAUAUUUUAUUGUUUUUAGAAAUGUGUUAUUAAUCAAGGUAGGCAUUUGGUAGAAAGCAGUCAGUGGUCAGUUGUUAUAGACUAUGUAUUUAUGGCAUGGAAAUAUGUUCGCCGAACGCCAAUAUGGGAUUGCCCUUCUCACAAUGCAGCUCGAAAACAGUGUUUUAAAUCAUUGUCGGAAAUAUGUAUGACUGCGCUACAACACAUGAAAGAGUCAUUAAACCAGGAAACAUGUGAAAAUUAUAGAAAUCGGUGAGUUUUUUUUUUCAGAACACUGAAAUUAUUGUGUAGCUAUUGUUUCUUUUUAUCAAUUGAACUUUCCAUCAAUAUGAAUAAUGGUUGGCAUUAUAUUUUAUGUUUCAGAUUGAAAUUGCUUGCUAAUGAUCACAAAGAAGAUAUCGAAUUGUGUUUAAGAUUUUUGGAAAUUUAG